AUGGUAAUUUGUCUCCCCCUACUGCUACCUCCCCCCCUUCUGCUACCUCCCCCCUUUGUGCCACCUCUCCCCGUCUGCUACCUCCCCCCUUUCUGCUACCUCCACAGGGCCAUGCAGGAGCGGCUGCGGUUGUCGGGCAAUGAUGGGGAUAAGAAGCAGUGGAUGUUCGUUACAGAAGAGGACAUCAAGGGGACUUUCAACCCCCCUCAACCACCGCUGACCUACCUCAACACCCCCUCCCCUACCCCGCCCCCCUGCACACAGGGCAAUGCAGGAGCGGCUGCGAAUGAGACACUCAUCGCCAUCCGCGCUCCGCAUGGCACCAUGCUGGAAGUUCCCGAUCCUGACGAGGUGAGUUUAAAGGCCCCCCAACUCCUCCCUCUUUUCCUGCCCAACUUUUCCCCUCCACCAGACGAUUUCGUCACAGGCAGGCAGGGCAGAGCGCACAGUGGCCCAUCGUCAUGCAGCAAGCGCUAUCAGAUCCUGCUGCGCAGUGCUAGUGGCCCCAUUGACGUCUACCUCGUCAGAUUAUACCUCUUUCCUGCCUUCCCUCUCCCAGAUUAUACCUCUUUCCUGCCUUCCCUCUCCCAGAUUAUACCUCUUUCCUGCCUUCCCUCUCCCAGAUUAUACCUCUUUCCUGCCUUCCCUCUCCCAGAUUAUACCUCUUUCCUGCCUUCCCUCUCCCAGAUUAUACCUCUUUCCUGCCUUCCCUCUCCCAGAUUAUACCUCUUUCCUGCCUUCCCUCUCCCAGAUUAUACCUCUUUCCUGCCUUCCCUCUCCCAGAUUAUACCUCUUUCCUGCCUUCCCUCUCCCAGAUUAUACCUCUUUCCUGCCUUCCCUCUCCCAGAUUAUACCUCUUUCCUGCCUUCCCUCUCCCAGAUUAUACCUCUUUCCUGCCUUCCCUCUCCCAGAUUAUACCUCUUUCCUGCCUUCCCUCUCCCAGAUUAUACCUCUUUCCUGCCUUCCCUCUCCCAGAUUAUACCUCUUUCCUGCCUUCCCUCUCCCAGAUUAUACCUCUUUCCUGCCUUCCCUCUCCCAGAUUAUACCUCUUUCCUGCCUUCCCUCUCCACCCCCCGGGCUCCCAACCUCCCUAUUUCUCACUCGGUCUCCACUCAGCUGCAUUCUGUGAUCCCUCAUUCUUAA